GUGUUUCCGUAGUGCAUCAAAAUGAACGCAAUGUGCCUGUGUUUUGGCACAUUUAUCCAACUUUAAAAUGAUUUAAUUUACGCUCACGGGGACCGAAAGGUACAGGGACAAAAUGGCACAAAGAUGACCCGCAGUGAAGCUAUGAAGAAGCUACAAUCUGUAUAAUUGAAGUAGUGGUGACAGAUCACAAAGAGAGACCCAUGCUUUCUGAUGAACUUGACUCCAAACCAGAGCUGCUGGUGCAGUUUGUGCAGAGUGCGUCCAUCCCUCUGGUUCAGGGUCUGGAGGAGACCGGGGCCAAGUCCUGUGUCCCUCUGCUGCCCCCUGCUGUCAGCUCCCUGUGCAGCCCACUGCAGCUCUCAGAUACAGGCCUGAGCCAUGAUCCGGUCAGUCCUCCGUCUCUGUCCGAGUUCGGAGCCGUCUCUGAGGACAGUUCUUUGGUCCCUGGACACGCCACCUCCUCCCACAGCCCCCCUCCCCUCCUCCACGACCUGCAGCAGAGCGACACCAGCUCCUACGUCCUGCUCAACCUCGCUAAAGCCUCCUCCGAGUCCCUGAUCUUCGCGGACGGCCCAGAUGAGGAUGAGGACGAUGGCAUGUCUUCGGGGGACUAUGGCGUGGACGGAGCGCCCUGGUACCUGCGCGUUCAGGAGCUCGCCCACGACAGCCUCAUCGCCGCCACACGAGCUCAGAUCGCACGAGACGCCAGAGCCAAUCAGGAGGCCCGGGCUGUAACCACGGUGACCAACGGUGACCUGACACACAGUUUAAGUUCAGACGCUGCAGACAGAAGGAAGUGCGUCUCUCCUCGUUCCACUCGCUCUGUGCCAAAGUCUGUCCUUCACUGCUCCUUCGAGGGCUGCUGUCGAACCUUCACAUGGCCCGCACAUCUGAAGUACCACCUCAAAACACACAGGAACGACCGUAUGUUCCGCUGUGGGGCUGAGGGCUGUGGAAAGAGUUUCUACGUCCUGCAGAGGCUCCAGGUUCACAUGAGGACACACAACGGAGACAAACCCUUUAUCUGCAAAGAAAAGAACUGUGGCAAGAAGUUUACGACCGCAGGGAACCUAAAGAACCACAAACGCAUUCAUACAGGAGAGAAGCCUUUUCUGUGUGAGGCAGACGGAUGUGGACGCUCCUUUGCUGAGUAUUCAAGUCUCCGCAAACACAUGCUCGUUCAUUCAGGGGAGAAGCCUCAUGUGUGUGGGAUCUGUGGAAAAACCUUCUCUCAGUCCGGAAGCAGAAACGUUCACAUGAGAAAACGUCACGGAGACGAGAGCGCCAUCCACGAACCGCGAGACACAGGCGAGGCGCUGACACACAGCAGUUUACUCGAGGUCGACGGUGAAAACACAGGGGGGAUGGUUUCCAUGACGACGGCCGUGGAACCAAUGAACCUUCACCACGCCAUGCUCAGGGCUCCAGGUUCGUCGGACUCGGUGGUGGUCCUCGCUCAGCCUCAUGACCUUGUUUCCAUGACGACGGAUGGACAUUCAUACGGAGAAGACGUGGUCACGCUACUUUAGCUUAAAAAAAAACAAAACAACAAAAACUGCACAACUGUAGAUACAUGUAAUUAGUAGUACAAUAAUAAUAGUGCUUUUAUUUUGUCAAGUACAAAAAGUUUUUACAGCCAUUUUCCUCCCAAAGAAAUCCAACACGGGUUUAAAGUCUCUAUAAACACAAGCGCCAUGAAUCGUUUGUGCUUCACUGUUGAAAGAGAAAGAGGUAAGGACUCGAUAUGUGCCACGUCGGCCAUUUUGUCAUUAACAGGCAAGAAAAAAUCUACAUUGGUUCAAAUAACUAAUUCGAAAUCGUAAAGGCCUUGUCAGAUAUAUUUUAUAACAGUUCUGGAGGUCAAAAUAAACGUCUAAUUCUAAAGCGUUCCAUUGUCUGAGAGUCAGGGAGUGAGCGGUUAGCAUGCUAGUCUUUGUUAGCAGUACCGUGACUCCUCUCUGGUCUCUAACAGUUAUAAAAAGUGCUUAUAAACUCAUCUCUGUGAAUAAUUAGAAUAACUUUGGAUCACUGCGAACUGUUUAAAAUGAGCUAAUUGUUUUUCAUGUUUUUAAGACGAUAAAAUCACGUAUAACGAAGUGAGUGUGAACGUAUUUUCCGGAGAACAAGUCACACCAACCAAAAAAUGCAAAAUAAUGAAGAAAAAACAAGUCUAAACUAUGAAAAAAAAAGUGAUUUAUAGUCCAGAAAAAACAGUAAUUAAUGAAAGCUUAGAAUUUCCAAAUAACCAAGUUAAUAAUUCAAUAAAGUAAAAAUAAAACUAACACUAUACUAAAUCAUGGGUAAAAUUUCAUGGCAUUUCACGCAGUCCAAACUACUAAAAAAAACCGAACACAUUAUCAUCUUGUUUUCUGAAUUCAAGUCAUGUGAACCAAUGUAGAUUUUCCUGUUUUCAGUAAAAAUGAAACAAACCAGACGACGGUUUUGCACAACAGCACCAGAAAAACCCACAGUCCCUAAAUCACCAAUAUAUUUAACAAGUGUCUGAGAAUAAAUAACAUGGAGGUGGAUGUUGCAUAGUCUUAGUAAGAGAAGUUUAAAAUGAUUAAGAGAAAAAAAAAGAAAAAAAAAGUAAAUUGAAAGAGUUGAGAACAUAAACCUACACAGCGCAGUUUUCCAAAUAAGGGCAUAGAGCUGUUAAGUGUGAUGUCACUUCCUGUCCAUCAAAACAAUGAACAUGUUUACGAUUUAUUUUGUGUUUUUUAGCGACAACACGGUUCACUUUAUAAAGAGACUGCAGUCAUUUUCAGCUAACAAGAUCAUAAACGGAUCUACACGUAUUCACCUUGUUCUGGACGUUGCCGUGGACGCCACUAUCGUCGUCAUGUUGGAUUAUUUUGCGUGGGGCCGAUCUUGACCGUAAAAAUUGAGUUGUCGUUGAACAUUAAUCUACUUUAUGUCACAUUUUAGCGGCAAAACUUUUCCCAAAUUCUAGUGGGAACCCCAAUCAUUUCAAUAGAAGAGCAGUUUAGGAGCGUUUACGGCAAAAGUGGGCGGGGCCGAACAAGGUCAAUAACUGUGCUAGGCUAAGUUAGCGUUAGCAGUGACAUAUACACACUGCUAAUCCUUUGUUAUGCUAUCUUAUUACUACGUUUUUGACACAGUUUGUGGUUAAACACUUUUAAAAGAUGAAUAAGAUCCUAAAAACAAAGCUCGAAAUCCGCUGUGGAGUUUCUGGUCGGACCCGGAAGUGACAUCAUCACGUACCAGCUCUAUAAAGGGACGUUUCAUUCUGCACUUUCAUGGUUAGUUUUAAAGUCCGUUUACGUUUUGUGCGAUAACUGAACUUUAACAGAGACAUUUACAGGGACGUUUUAGCAGCAGAAAAAUAGCGUCACUAAUGUUUAAUUAAAUACAAAAAUAUAUAUGUAUAGUCCAGCGGUUCUCAAACUUUUCACAUCAAGUAGAACAGAAGAAGUGAUUUGACCCUCGGAGUAUCGCCAGAUAUAAACCAGACUAUAAUAUUGAAUUGUAAAUAAAUAGAAAAACAGCAGGAGUCCGUGAACCACAGUUUGAGAACCACAGAUCUACUGACUAUCGCCCCCUAGUGCAUAAGUGGAGCACAUUACAUAAGUUGUUACUGCUGAGCCUCAGAGGUCACAGGUCACAGGGUUUGGGAAGGUCUCGUCUCCUCGGUGGAUCUUCAUGUUGUGGAGAUGAUCCAAAAUGGCGCCCAAAGCCCAGCUCGCCUCCACGUUUCUCACUUUCUUGGUCAACUGUGGCCACAAACCGACACCAAAUCACUAAAAUGCCUUUUGUAUUUAUUGAAAUAAAAAUAUAACAUACUAGAAAAA